AUGGCGCGUACAAAGCAAACUGCCCGCAAAUCCACGGGGGGAAAGGCACCGCGAAAACAACUCGCGACGAAAGCAGCCAGAAAGUCUGCACCUGUUGCAGGAGGGGUCAAAAAGCCUCAUAGAUAUCGUCCGGGAACCGUAGCCUUGCGUGAAAUUCGUAAAUUCCAGAAAAACACGGACUUGCUCAUUAGAAAGCUGCCCUUUCAGCGACUGGUGCGCGAAAUCGCUCAAGACUUCAAGACCGAUCUCAGGUUCCAAAGCCAAGCAAUCCUCGCGCUGCAGGAAGCUGCAGAGGCUUACCUGGUUGGCCUGUUUGAAGACACGAACUUGUGCGCUAUUCACGCCAAGAGAGUGACCAUCAUGCCCAAGGACAUUCAGCUCGCCAGGAGGAUACGAGGCGAAAGGUCUUAA